AUGCCCCCAAACAUCUCCUUUAGUGCAUGGAAUAUCCAUGGUCUAGCAAGCAAGGUUCUUGGUGAUAAAACUAAAAACAAGGACUUUGUUGAUAGGGCUGUCAAAAAUGACUUCUUGUUUUUAAACGAAACAUGGUCAAACACAGAAAUUAAUGUCCCUGGUUUUAAAGAUUUUGUCUCGGAUACUGCAGUGCCUAUCACUAACAAGGCAUGCCGUAUAUCAGGAGGCAUCACUCUAUUAGUUAAAAUAAAAUUCGAGAAAUAUGUUACAAUUGUCAAAAAAUCAAAAAAUUUUCUAUGGUGUAACAUUUCAAAAGACAUACUAAAAACCGAUUUAGACUUAUUCUUGUGUGGUGUUUAUAUACCACCUGAAAAAUCAGCAUACUUUGAUGAGGAAAUAUUUGAUGAACUAGAAAAUGACAUAGUCUCAUUUGCAUCAAAGGGGAACACCAUGAUCCUUGGUGACUUUAAUGCAAGAACAUGUAAACUUGAAGAUUUUGUCUCCAAAGAAGACAAUAACUUUAUAAAUGACACAAGUGAAAAUUGUCUACAACCUAAAGUCAAACAAAGUUUCGACAAUAAUAUCAACAACCACGGUAAAAAACUUAUCAAUUUAUGUAAAAACACAGACCUAAGAAUCCUAAAUGGAAGAACCAUAGGAGACUCAUUAGGCAGACCAACAUUUCAUGGAAUAAAUGGCACAAGUGUAGUCGACUACAUUAUAUGUGACCAAAAUAUUUUCAAAAAUAUUAACUAUUUUGUAGUAAAACCUCCUACAUAUUUAUCAGACCACAGCCAAAUCAUUACAUGGAUUGAUAUAUGUAAGACAACAGAAAAUGAAGAGAACAAUCAAUCUCAAUCACCCACCCAUAAAUUACCAUUACAAUUUGUCUGGUCAAUGGCCUCAAAAAAUGAUUUCAGACAAAGAUUAAAAUCACAUGAAAUACAAACAAAACUAAAUCAAUUUGUAAAUUCAGAGUUCACAAAUGAUAUAAACGGAGUUAAUAAGUGUUUAUCUGAAUUUGAAGAUAUUAUGAUUGAAGCAUCCAAAAAAUCACUAAAAAUAAGAAAGAAAAAAAUUCGGAAAAAUAUUACCAAUGUUGCUAAUAAAAAAUGGUUCGACAAAGAUUGCCGCAUCAAAAGGCACCAAGUUCGAAAAUUGGCAAACCAAGAACAUAGGGAUCCCAUAAAACUUGAAGUAAGAAAUGCUUAUCAUGCUGCACUAAAAACUUAUAAAGAGACCCUACAUUUGAAAAAAGCAAAAUUCCAUAAAGAGAAAAUUGAAGAACUUGCAACUGCAAGUGGUAAAGACCCUAAUCUCUUUUGGAAAACUCUAAACAAUGCCACAGAUGACUUAAGAAGCAAUAAUAAUUCAAGUAACUCCCCAAAACCUGAUCAGUACCUCAAACAUUUCGAAAAUCUGCAUUCAAAUCACAAAUUGAGUAACGAUCACAAACAAAUCAUUGAACAACUUAAAAUGAAAGAAAACAAUAAGGAUCAACUUGAUCAACUAGAUACAGAAAUAACAGAUCACGAGAUAUUAAAUACGGCUAACCUGAUAAAAAUGAAAAAAGCUACAUACUCUGAUAGAAUCAGUAAUGAAAUGAUUAAAUCAAGUGUUGACAUUCUUAUGAAGGGGUUUAUAAAGGUCUUCAAUACCAUAUUAAAUUCGGGAAAUUUUCCAAGCUUAUGGUGUGAAGGCUUAAUAACUCCAAUUUUUAAAGCAGGAAAUAAACUAGACCCCAACAAUUACAGAGGAAUUUGCGUUUCAAGCUGUGUAGGAAAAUUUUUCUGCUCCAUCCUCAAUAAAAGAUUAUUGUCAUUUACUAACCAAAAUAAAAUUAUUCAUCCUUCUCAAAUAGGCUUUAUACCUGGUAACAGAACAGCUGACCAUAUUUUAACACUUAAAAACACUGCAUGA